GUCUAGCUCUUCAUUCCCAUCUACCAUCUAAGUCAGACCGUUGUCGCCGCCACACACUAUGUCCUCCAUCGAGAAAGCAGAGAGCGGCGAGAUCGCAGAGGUUUCUGCCCUCCCCCCGCACCAGGCGCUGGGCCCGUCCACCGCGCAAUUCAGAAAGCUGGGAAACCCGGGUCCCUUGGGUUUAUUCGCGUUCGCGUCGACGACGCUGUUGCUCUCGUUUAUCAACGUGUCUGCGCGUGGUAUCACCGUCGCGAACGCCGUGGUCGGCAUGGCCUUGUUCGUUGGUGGCCUUGCGCAAUUCAUCGCGGGCAUGUGGGAAUUUGCAUGUGCCAACACGUUCGGAGCCACAGCGUUCACGAUGUUCGGUGGCUUCUGGAUGUCGUACGCGACGAUCUUAAUUCCGGGCUCUGGCAUCGCAGCCGCGUACGAGAGCAAUCCUGUCGAGUUCAACAACGCGGUCGGGUUAUAUCUUUUCAUGUGGUUUAUCAUCACGUUCCUCUUAUUCAUUGGGUCAUUGCGAACAAACAUUGGCAUGGCCGCUCUUUUCUUUUUCUUGACUUUGACGUUCCUUAUGCUGGGUAUCGGCAAUAUGGUCCCAUCAACCUCAGCAGCGACGAUCAAGGCUGGCGGCGCGAUCGGCAUCAUUACUGCGUUCAUCGCGUUCUACGUCGGCACCGCGCAGCUGCUCGUCCGCGAAACGAGCUGGUUUACACUGCCUCUCGGCGGUAUCCCGCAGCGGCUGCAUUGAGCACUAUGCUGCGUCAAGGGAUGCUCGCUAUGAGCGUGUGCGGGGAUGCAGGUUGCAUAUGUACGGAUAUAUGGAUGGAUUCGCUGGGGGCGCGCUGUGAGCCGCCUCCUGUACUAUAGUAUUUUGUUGUCUUGCUCAUGAUUUCACGACGGAUUCUACGUGAAGUUUAGCUACCGCGACGACUAAUAUUAUCCGUAAUAAAGAAUACGAUCUGCGUUGAUAACAUA